GAUACUCCGAGCUCCAGACAAACAAAAAAAAUAUAACGCAUCAGGUCUAAGUCGGUUUGUCGGCGAGGCGCGGGGACGGCGAGGACCCGUACAGCUCCAUCGGGAUAACUGUGGAUCAACAUUUGGGUGAUUUGUCUCACGCGGCCACUACAAGGAAUUUAUACAAGCAGACAACGCUCAGUUCACCAUGCAGAGACCGAGCGGUCCGGGGACGGCGUUUUCCAUUGAUUCUUUGAUUGGCACUCCACAGCCGCGGCCGGGCCACCUGCUCUACACUGGCUAUCCGAUGUUUAUGCCGUACCGACCGCUCAUGAUUCCGCAAGCCCUGUCUCAUUCGUCAUUACCGUCCGGUAUUCCUCCGCUGGCGCCGCUGGCAUCCUUCGCGGGGCGUUUGACCAACACUUUUUGCGCGGGGUUGGGGCAGGGCAUGCCCUCCAUGGUGGCGCUCACCACCACGCUGCCCAGUUUCUCGGACCCUCCAGAUAGUUUCUAUCCCCCGCAGGAGAUGCCGGGACUCCGGUUAAGCUCGGAGGGGACGGGAAUCAAUCGGCAGGACAGCCCACAUGAGGAGCUCAAGGGCUCCGAUCUGCUGAAUUUCUCGGAAACUUUUCAGGCAGUUGCAGGUGAAACCAAAUUAUACAGUUCAGAUGACGAGAAACUGGACCUGAAAUCAGCGGAGGCAGCGUGCAGCGACAGAGAGGACAGUUCGGCUGACAGCGAGAACGAAAGUUUCUCCGACGGAAACACCUGCGGUUCAGCGUCCCAAAAAGGGAAACUCAAAGCCGGCUCACAUGAAGCGUUACCCCCGGGAGGUUCGGCCGGUAAGAGCCGGAGGAGACGGACUGCUUUCACAAGCGAGCAGCUGCUGGAACUUGAGAAAGAGUUUCACUGUAAGAAGUAUCUGUCUCUCACCGAGCGCUCGCAGAUAGCACACGCACUCAAACUGAGCGAGGUCCAGGUCAAAAUCUGGUUCCAGAACCGCAGGGCCAAAUGGAAACGCAUCAAAGCCGGGAACGUCAACAACAGAUCCGGGGAGCCCGUGCGGAACCCCAAAAUUGUGGUGCCCAUUCCCGUGCAUGUCAACAGGUUUGCGGUUCGGAGUCAGCACCAACAGAUCGAACAAGGCACCAGGCCAUGAACUCAAAUUAAAAUCACAUGACCCUGAACUCCAACAAUUAACAUUUACAUGACCCACAGGUUCCUGCAGGUCUUGGGUGCAACAAAUGCAUGAAGCACACCUAAAAGGAAAUAACUGGACUUUAUAAUAACUUUCAUUAUGAAGUCAUUCUCAAACAUGAGGCCUAAUGCAUAACAGAUCAGCGGUUCAUGUACUUCACAAUGAACAUAUCUAUAAAACAGGCUAUAUGGAAAGCUUUUUUAAGGAAUAAUUUUAAUGCACAUUUACAAAUGAUCUGUUAGGCAUAAUGUAAUAACAUUUGUUAAUGACUCAAUGAAAGUUACUUUAAAGUGUUACCGACUUUUAUAUCUGUAUAGACGUUUACAAACCGACAUUAUUUUCCCAGGUUUGUUCUUUUCUUCAUUCUCUGCGCUAAAACGUAUUUCUCUUUAAUUUAUUGUUUUGUACAUUUGUAAAUAUUAAAUGUGUCUGUGUGACACUCAUGUGCACUAUGAAACGAGACUGUAAAGAGACAUUUUUAAAAAUAAGUAUUUAUAAGUUGCUGUCUAGUGAUUUUUUUUUUUUUUUUUUUUUUUUUUUUUUUUUUGCAUGUGUUGCCAUUUGUUGUCUAAUUUCCCCCAUACGGUUUAAACGGGCUGUUCUCGUUGUUUCAACCAUUUUGCAUGUGCCCUUUAAAGCAUUUUUGGCCUUUAGGGGCUGCAGUCCUCCCAGUUCUUUGUGAAAAACGGUGAUGGAAAUAAACAAGCUAAAGAAGACAUUGGCAGAGUGAUGUAUUCCCAUCGACGUUGCAAUAAAAACAUAGAAAUUCAUCAGAGAAGAUUGCAAUAUUGGUUUACCACAUUACUACGUGUCUAAAAUAUCUGUUUAGGGGUAAUAUGAUGGGACAUAUUUUUAUUGCAUGCAUGAAUGAGUGUUUUUCAGCUUUGUAAAUGUAUUAAUUAUAAAUUAUUG